GUUUAAGAACACGUUUCACGUUUCAGCAGCCUUUCUUUCUCUUCUCCGCGAGACCUUCAAACUUGCUAAACUCUUCACUUCUCUGCGAGAACCUUCAAGCGUUCCAGCCCUUCUUUUCCACCACUUCACCUCUCUCGCGUGACCUUCUCUUCUUCUCCGCUGCACAACGAUUCUCUCUAUCUCUCUCGGUUCCAAAUCAGCCUCUUCUCUCGUGGAUUCUCCGCCGGCCCAUUAAAGAUGCUUUGUGCAAUAUUUGGAAGAAAGUCAUCCAAAUAUAAGUCGAACUGUCGUGGACGGUCGGAUUGCAUCUGAAUUUCCAAGUUGGUUUCGAGCAUAUAUGGCAGAUUAAGAUAAAGUUAAAGAAAAAGUAAAAGAUUCCAAGACUCAUAAAUCCACACAUCCCAAACAUUCAACUCCACAAAUGACAUCUCCUCAUAUGACAUCUCAAGAUGCACCUGCUCGUAUGACACCUCAUAGGACAUUGAAUGUUAGAAAUCCUGCUCAUAGUGCACCCUCUUCAAACACGUCUAGUGGUGCACCUCUUCGUAGGUCAUCUAAUGUCCAUCCUGCUCAAGUCGCAUCUGCUGGGACAUCUAAUGUCCCAGGUCCUCAUGAUGUUUCUCAUGGUGCAUCUGCUAGGACAUCUAAUGUCCCUCCUCCUCAUGUAGCUCAUGAUGUUCCUCGUGCUGCAUCUGCUAGGACAUCUAAUGUCCCUCCUCCUCAUGUAGCUCAUGAUGUUCCUCGUGCUGCAUCUGCUAGGACAUCUAAUGUCCCUCUUCCUCAUGUAGCAUCACCAUCUAAUUCACAACCUUAUGAUUCUGAUGGAGCAGAAACCCCAAUAUUAAGUGAAAAUGUCGACCCAUCUGAGACACAAAAUAGUGAUGGAAAACAAACUUUAACCCUCGAGUUACAAGGAUUUUUGCCUUCAUAUGCUGCAGCUAGUGCAAUUGGAGAUAUCAUGAGGAGUAAUUAUAGUAAGCCAUGGAACUCAUGGAAAAAGAUACCACGUAAAACAAGGAAAUUGUGGUUUCAAGACUUUAAGGCAAGGUUCAAUUUUUGUCCACCGGAUGAUGCAUUGGCUAGAAAGAACUUUGAAAGGCGAGGUGCGGUAAUAAUGAAAAAUAACUUAAACAAAGCUCGUGUCGCAAAGAAAAGACCAGAUUGGAUUGACCAGAAUGCGUGGGAUCCAUUAUGUGAGCAUUGGAGAACUUCAGGAUUUAAAAAGAAGAGUAUACAGGCGAAAACAAAUCGAGAAUCUGACUGUGGAGGUUUUUCAAAGCCAGUUCACACUUGUGGCUCUAUCACCACAUCGCAACAUAGAGCUAAUUUGACGGAACUGAAUGGCACUACCCCCGCUCCUGUAGAUUUGUUUGUUUACACACACCAACAUCGCAAGAAUAAGGCUUGGGUUGAUCGAAGAUCGGAACAUGUCUAUGAAAAGUAUAAAUGUAGAUUGGAAGAAUUAACCCAACAAGCAUCUUUGCAAGGAACUCCGCCACCAAAGGAAUUAGAUGUGUGGAUUGAGGUUGCAGGAACAAGGAAAGGACACAUAUAUGGUCUUGGGAGUGAAUCUUCUGUAUUUGCAGGCAGGCGAAAUUACCGUGGUUCAGGUUCCGCGUCAACUGAAUGGGUGCAAAGACAUGAAAUUGAAGAACUGAAAAUUGAAAGGGAAGAAAUGAGAAGGGAAAAUGAUGAACUUCGUGAUAUGGUAAAACAAUUGAUGGAAAGCUUAAACUUUCGGCCGAAGCCAUAUACUAGAGAUGAAGUUCAUGAAGAUAUUGCGGCUAAUAGUAACGAUGAUGUGACUGAUGAUAAUGAUGAUGACAUGUCUGAUGAUGGUGAAGAAUGAUGAUAAUUAUGAUGUGUUUGAUGAUGGUGAAGAAUUAUGAUCAAGAACAAAGUAUGACAAGUGUGAUUUAUUAUAUAUUGUUUUCUUAGUUAGGAUAUUGACUUUUUUUUAUGCAAGAAUUGAACGGGAUUUAUUCCCCUUUUUGUAUGUGAAGAUCAAUUCACUUAUAUACUUGCAAGUGUAGGUAGUAGUGAUAACUUGGUCUUGGUUAGGUUAUGCUUUGGAUUUAUUACUUAUUUUUGGAUAAGUAGUUGGUAAUACUUAAAUAUAAAUAUAUUGUGUUCA